AUGGCAUGUUAUAAAAAAUGUUCUCCAUCUGCUUGUAAAAGUCCGUGGGACUGUUGUAUGCUGCCAAUGGGUUAUCGAUGUUGUAGAAGUAAGUCUCAACCAUCAAAAAGGAAAGCACCUGACAGUGAACCAGCAGCAGGAGCAAAUAUAGACGCAGAUAAGGAUAAAAAGUGUCUCGAGCCAACAACAGCUCGCAAAAAACCAGACAAGUUUUCUGUUCGAGUGAAUAUUGCCGGAUUCGAUCAAAAGAAUGUGAAAGUAAAAGCUGAAAAUGGAAGAAUAACCGUCGAAGCUAAUCAAGGUGACAAAAAGCAACAUUAUGGAUGUGGCAUUCAAAAAGUUAAAAAUUCCUAUUCAUUACCUAAACAAGCCGAUGCAACACGUAUGACAUCACAGAUGAUAUCAGACAAGAUCCUUCUUAUUGAAGUACCCUAUGGUAGUUCAUCGAAAGCAGUUGCUUUUGAAGAAACAAAAAAAGAUAAAACUCAACGCCCAGCAGAAUCGAAUCAAACACCAGAAGAUAAAACUCAACGCCCAGCAGAAUCGAAUCAAACACCAGAAGAUUCGUUAGCUGAUUAUAUCAAGCGUUUAAUGAAUGCAGAUUUUCAUCCAUGUCUCGUUGAUAUAGAUGGCAAUGGAAAAGCACUAGAGAUGACAAUUGAUGUGAAAAAAUGUCCAUUGGAAGAAAUCAAAAUUUCAACAGAGAACAACGAAUUAACUGUUCAAGGUGAACAUAUACGUAAAGAGGACGGUCGUUCCAAGCGCGCAAGAUUUUAUCGAUUAACAACAUUGCCCGAUGGCGCAAUAAUUGACAAAAUGAAAAAAGAAUUAGACAAAGAUGGACAAUUAAAAGUUCAUAUACCACUUUCGAACAAAUAA